CUUUUCUCCCCUAUUUUGCCGCUGAAAGCUACGGAGUGGACUAUUAUCGUCGCUUCCCCAUAUUCCACCUUAUACCCUCUCUCUUUAAUCCUGCUCCGUGUGCCUCCGGGUCGACGUUUUACAUAGCUCGCACGUUCCUUACCACACCUUCAUUACUGCCAGCAUCGCGCAUACUGUAGCAUGCUCCGAGGCCCGCGUCUUCCUUGGAGAGUUGCGCUCCAGCAAACGAACCGUUCCUUAAUCCAUCGACCAUUCUUCGGUUCCUCCCGGUAUAAUGCCAACCUCAGCUCAACUUUGAUCUCUGCCCGUCUCUCCCGACCUCUCCCUUCUUCUUCAAGACCAUUUUCCUUGAGUUCAAUACGGCAAAGAGAGAAGGAUAAUUCUGGGAAGGAGGAUACAGAGACGAAAGAACAGGAAGAGAACCAGGAACAGAAGGAAAUCGACGGAGAAAAUGAUGGCCCCGAACCUCGGCGGAAAGGCAUAGAGCCUAAUCCUCCUACACGACGAAAAGAGAAACUGACUACGGACAAAGAUGAACGUGGUGUAGAUGAGGAUGCAAAGAAGGACACAAGCUCUACUGAUGGGAAGGGAAAAUCUAACGACACACCAUCACCGAUUCCGCCCAGCGGUUCCGAUUCGAAAUCGAGCGGCGCCAGCAACGGAGGUAAUGAAGACAAUGGGAAGAAAGGCAGGAAAGGAUCAGGGGAUAAGGCUUUACAGAAGCCGUCUGUCCCGGAGGUCUAUCCUCAGGUCAUGGCCAUACCCAUUGCCAAACGGCCCUUGUUCCCUGGCUUCUACAAGGCGAUUACUAUCCGAGACCCGAAUGUCGCCUUGGCUAUUCAGGAGAUGAUGAAGCGUGGACAGCCAUACGUUGGAGCUUUUCUAUUUAAGGAUGAGAAUGCCGACGGUGAUGUUAUCGAGAACUUGGAUGAUGUAUACGAUGUCGGUGUGUUUGCCCAAAUCACGGCUUCAUAUCCGCUUCGAGGAGAAGCAGGCGGCGUGACAGCGGUCCUCUACCCGCAUCGUCGCAUCAAGAUUUCCUCGAUGUUGCCACCUAGCGAUGUUACUAAAGUCGGCGCCACGGAUAAGCAAGGCGAUGUCGUUGCUAGCUUCGAAGAAGGUGGCCCAGAACUGGUGCCCAAAGAUCACUAUGAGCCCACAUCCUUCCUGCGGAAAUAUCCUGUCAGCGUUGUUAACGUGGAAAACCUUGCGGAGGAGCCGGUAGACAAGAAGAACGCGGUUAUCCGGGCAGUAACUAGCGAAAUCGUCAACGUUUGCAAAGAGAUUGCGACCCUCAACCCCCUAUUUCGAGACCAAAUAUCUGCCUUCUACACGGAUCAGUUCCCUGGAAACCUGAGUGACGAGCCCGCCAAAUUGGCUGAUUUUGCAGCUGCAGUGUCUGCAGGCGAGCUGAGUGAGAUGCAGGAGGUACUUGAGGCAAUGAACAUCGAAGAACGUCUUCCUAAGGCGCUCGUCGUGUUAAAGAAGGAGUUGAUGAACGCACAGCUUCAGUCAAAGAUCUCAAAGGACGUUGAAGCCAAGAUCCAGAAGCGACAACGCGAAUAUUGGCUGAUGGAACAGAUGAAGGGCAUCAAGAGGGAACUGGGUAUUGAGAGCGACGGAAAGGACAAGCUGGUGGAGAAGUUCAAGGAGAAGGCCGAGAAAUUGGCCAUGCCAGAAGCAGUCAAGAAGGUGUUCGAUGAGGAGAUCAACAAACUGGCUCACUUAGAGCCUGCCGCAUCUGAAUUCAACGUCACUCGCAAUUACCUCGACUGGCUUACUCAGAUUCCAUGGGGUCAGAAGAGCGUGGAAAAUUUCGGGAUCCAACAUGCCACUGCCGUCCUGGAGGAGGAUCACUACGGUCUCAAGGAUGUCAAGGACCGCAUUCUUGAGUUUAUUGCUGUCGGUAAGCUCAGGGGAACGGUCGAAGGGAAGAUCCUCUGUUUGGUUGGCCCUCCCGGUGUGGGAAAGACCAGUAUUGGGAAGUCUAUCGCUCGUGCGCUCAAUAGGCAAUACUAUCGAUUCUCUGUUGGCGGUCUGACAGACGUUGCGGAAAUCAAGGGACAUCGGAGAACCUAUGUUGGUGCCCUUCCUGGUCGUAUCAUCCAGGCUCUCAAGAAGUGCCAAACGGAAAAUCCCUUGAUUCUGAUUGAUGAGGUGGAUAAGAUUGGCCGCGGUCACCAGGGAGACCCGUCUUCUGCGCUCCUCGAACUUCUGGACCCGGAACAGAAUUCUUCCUUUUUGGAUCAUUACAUGGAUGUCCCAGUUGAUCUUUCCAAGGUCCUCUUUGUCUGCACAGCCAAUGUAACAGAUACAAUUCCUAGGCCGCUGCUCGAUCGAAUGGAGAUCAUCGAGCUCUCUGGAUAUGUUGCAGAUGAGAAGAUGGCCAUCGCUGAGAAGUACUUGGCACCAGCUGCGAAGGAAUUGACGGGGUUGAAGAAUGUGGAUGUGACUCUGCAGCCUGGUGCUAUUGAGGAGCUCAUCAAGUCCUACUGCCGUGAGAGCGGGGUUCGGAACUUGAAGAAACAAAUCGAGAAGGUGUACCGAAAGGCAGCUUUCAAGAUUGUUCAGGAUCUUGGUGAAGACGUCAUGGGAGAAGACAAGGCUCUUACGGACGAAGGCAAGGCCGCCCAGGAAGAAUCAUCAAAGGAGCAGGAAUCCUCUGACCCUGCCACGCCCCCUGUCCACCCGGAGAAGUCGACCACGGAAACGCCUAGGCAUGCACUGAAGGUUCCAGAAUCAGUACAUCUCAGCAUAGGAAGGGAUAGUUUGAAAGACUAUGUCGGACCCCCAGUUUUCACAUCUGACCGGCUGUACGAAACCUUCCCUCCUGGCGUGACAAUGGGACUUGCCUGGACCAGCAUGGGAGGCGCGGCGCUCUACGUCGAGUCCAUUCUGGAGACAGCAUUGUCGCCUCACUCACGGCCAGGAAUUGAAACCACCGGAAACCUGAAAAAUGUCAUGAAAGAAUCCACACAAAUUGCCUAUUCAUUCGCGAAGUCUGUACUGGCUAAACAAUUCCCUGACAACCGAUUUUUCGAGAAAGCUAAAGUGCAUUUGCACUGUCCUGAAGGAGCUGUCCAAAAGGAUGGUCCAUCCGCCGGUAUCACAAUGGCGACUUCCUUGCUGUCGCUGGCCUUAAACCACCCUCUCGAUCCAACGAUUGCCAUGACCGGAGAAUUGACGGUGACGGGUAAAGUGCUACGCAUCGGUGGCUUGCGGGAGAAGACUGUCGCGGCUCGUCGUGCUGGUGCAACCAGGAUAAUUUUCCCAGCGGAUAACAUGUCGGACUGGCUCGAACUACCUGAGACGAUUAAACACGAGAUCGAAGGCUACCCCGUCAGCUGGUACUCAGACGUGUUCGACAUCGUCUUUGCCAACCUGGACAGGGAAGCGGCCAACAAUCUUUGGAAGAAGGAGCUCAGCGAGCCGUCGUCGAAGAAGCACGAUGGAGCCAAUGAGGAUGAGAAUUGAAGCGAAUACACUUAUCGGUAAUAUUCUAUUGUCUAUUUUGGGUAUACGCCAUGGUAUAUACUUGCCUGCAAGAGCUUCUUUUCUUUACUUUUUCUUUCCCCUUCUGUUUUCUUGCAAGGCGCUUUGCAUACAGGCGUGCCGAAUAUUCCUUUUCUUGUUCGUAUCAUGUCAGAAAACGCAUGGAUCUGGAGUUCCUUUUUCUUUACUUGGGAAUUGGCUAGAAUUUGGAGCUUGUACUCUUUUCGAGUUUCCCCGAUGCAACGGGAUAACAAGAUCCGGGAAACCGGUGUUGUGAAAGGCAAGAAGAGGUCCUAGGAAGAAGACAGCCAGCUGUCCGUCCUGCCGAUAAGUUUGGGGUUGGUCCGGAACGAGCAAAAAUCUCCACUCUAUCAAAAGCAAGAUAAAGGGUUUCAUGCCAGUCUUACUGGUUUACUGUGCGCGCACACACGCGGGAGAAGCAUACAGAAAAUACAUAUGGGCAGAUUGCAUCGCUCCAUUGCUGUAUGAUGAAACAGCACGAUUAAUUCGAUCAAGUAUCAGCAUCCAUAUGUACAGUCGUGUCUGUAUCUAAUGAUUGUUGCCAUGAAUGCCGAAGAUGAUGUUAUCAUCCACUACCAUAUGCCUACUGCAUGCAUCUUGCCGAAGGACAGAUGGAGGGAUAGGACAAGCUGAUGAACUGUCCCCGGUGUUAAGGACAGCUGGAUCGGCUGCACUGGCCACUGCCUCUGGAUGGGAAGCAUCACUUUGUAGCUUGACAUUAUUGGAGAGUCGCCCAUGAGGUUAUAAGUAUGGUUCUUUUGCUCGCAGCGUAGCCCCUGCAACGCGUGUCUGCAACCUACUGCGAUGCAGCACCCUGUUGAUAUCUCACGGUGGGCGAGGCCAACAGAGAUCUAAUAUUGUCGCUAGGUCUCUCGGAAUUCGUCUCUGGAUUCAUCGUCGUACAUGCAUGUAUAUGCAUGCGAGUCUACUGAGCAGGAGCUAUGAUUGUCUGGGUUUAAUGCCGCUACGUAUAAAACAGGAGCAGCAGAGGCACAUGGUCUGAUAGUGAUAGCGCAAGGAAUUACGUAGACAAAGGCACCGAGACGUUCUCAGCAAUAGAGGAUAAU